UCAUUCUAUAUACAGACAUGUUGGUGACCGCUGCGUGUUUGGUGCUCUUCAUAGACACCGCCUGGACGGAUAUGCUGUUGAACAAAUCGGGAAAACUGAGAACUCUACCUACCAAUUGUGUCGACGCAGUGCGGUCCGCGGGUUCAGCAGCUAAAAGUGGCAUCUACCAAAUACAAUUACCGCUAGGUAAUUGGACGCAUCGCCACUUCUACGUUUACUGCUUACUCGAUGGUAACGGUGGUGACCCUUGGUUAUUGAUGCAGCGCAGGCAGGACGGAGAAAUAGAUUUCUUUCGCGACUGGCAUGAUUACAAGACUGGCUUCGGAAAUAUUGCUAGAAGUUUCUGGAUGGGUUUCGACAAACUGCAUGCGAUCACACAAAUGCAACUUCAUGAGCUACAAAUCGAAUUGCAUGAUUUCAACGAUACCGUUAAGUACGCCAACUACGAAACCUUCGCUGUGGGCAACGAGAUCGAAAAAUAUACAUUGAAAAUUUUGGGAAAAUAUUCUGGAAGUGCAGGCGAUGGAAAGAUAUUCUAUAAUAGUGGCAAAAAGUUUACUACACACGAUGUGGACAAUGACGGUUAUUCUUGGAAUUGUGCGGUGAAGUACAGAGGGGGUUGGUGGUAUGACAACUGUCACCACAGUUGUCUAAAUGGCGAUUACCUUAACUACAACAAUAAAUUAGAAGGAAAAGGCAUAAUCUGGAGUACAUGGCAAGGAGUCUAUUAUUCGAUGAAAUAUGCGCACAUGGCCAUUAGACCCAAAGAUAGCGUGGAAAUGAGAAAAAAUGAGGCACAUAAAUGUAAGAAGAGGACAAAGAAAGGCUAAUUAAUAAAUCAUACCAUAUAUAAGUAACCUUGAACAGAAAUUAUAAUAAUGAAUAUAUAUACUAUUCGCUGUUCCUUUAUGACUGUCUGAAAGGGACAUCAUUUAUCAGAACUUACUCGUUUUGUAACAGAUUCGAGAACGGAGCAGCAAUAAAUGCUAAAAUCUAAUGCAUA